UUCCUGGAAAGCGUUUCCCAAAUAGUCAAUUAAAAAUUGCCUAUAAAUCCAUUACUCAUCUCCCCUACAAACAACCAUUCCUGUAUUCCUUGUAUCCCUCUAUCUCUGUUUCCCACUCACACAUCUACACACAUAUAAUUCAUAACUAGAAAUCAUGGGUGAUGGAGAAGACUUCACUGUGACUCUGACCAAGAAAGAAGUAGUGGCAACAAUGCUGCCAAUGCAGGAGCAGUGGCUGCCCCUAUCCAACCUCGACUUGCUAUUGCCUCCAUUAGAUGUAAGUGUGUUUUUCUGUUACAAGAAUCCACAUGAUCGGAGUGUUAAUGGAGGUGAUGACUUCAGUUUUCGGUCCAGGGUUGGGGUUCUGAAAAAAGCCAUGGCCCAAGCACUGGUGUCCUAUUACGCAUUCGCAGGGGAAGUUGUGGGUAACUCCGUGGGUGAGCCUGAGCUUCUAUGCAACAACCGUGGGGUGGAUUUCACGGAGGCUCAUGCGGAUGUACGGCUGGAAGACCUUAACUUGUAUAAUCCUGAUGUCAGCAUUGAAGGCAAGCUUGUCCCUAAGAAGAAGAAUGGCGUCCUCUCAGUACAGGUGACGGAGCUCAAAUGUGGUGGGCUUGUGGUGGCUUGUACAUUUGAUCAUCGAAUAGCAGAUGCAUAUUCUGCCAAUAUGUUCCUAGUUUCAUGGGCUGAGAUGGCUCAGUCCAAGCCAGUAUCUAUAGUUCCAUCUUUCCGCCGCUCUCUCCUCAACAUUAGACGUCCAAGCUCCUAUGAUCCAUCCCUUGAUGACAUGUAUGUCCCUAUCUCAGCCUUACGUCCUCCCAGAGCUCAGCAGCCAGGCGGUGCUGAUCAUCUCAUAAGCCGCAUUUACCAUGUCACGGCAGAACAGCUCAGUCUACUCCAAAUGCUAGCCACCAGCAAGAGUAUCUCCUACAAGAGGACUAAACUAGAGUCUUUCAGUGCUUUUUUGUGGAAGAUAGUUGCCAAAACUGCAGUCGUGGAAAAUGAUAACAAAAGGAUCUGCAAGAUGGGCAUCUUGGUGGAUGGAAGAAGGCGGUUAAGCAGUGGGGAUGAGGAUAAAGCUGCAGUGAUGGCCACUUACUUUGGAAAUGUGCUGUCAAUCCCCUUUGGUGAGAAGAUGAUAGAUGAACUGAAAGAGAAACCUUUGAGUUGGGUGGCAGAUGCCGUUCACGAGUACCUGGAAGGGGCAGUGACAAAGAAGCAUUUCUUGGGCCUCAUUGACUGGGUGGAGGCUCACCGUCCAGAGCCUGCUUUAGCAAAGAUAUACUGCAGUGGCAGCCGCGAUGGACCGGCAUUUGUGGUAUCAUCAGGGCAGAGAUUCCCAGUGUCAAAGGUGGACUUUGGGUGGGGUAGGCCGGCUCUGGGAUCAUACCAUUUUCCAUGGGGUGGGGAAGCUGGGUACGUGAUGCCAAUGCCAAGUCCGGUGACUGGGUGGUGUACAUGCACCGCUUGA